AUGGCAUCGAAACCAGUUGUCCACGACCUGAUAAACCUUUACGAGGCCAUAGAAACCAGCGAGUCCAAGAUGGACGAACACACACGCUAUCUAAGUCAGUUACUACCAUCACCAUGGGCAGAGAUGACCCCAUCCCUGAGCAUCCCAUUCUCGCCAAAAUCAACCAUCGGCAGCGAGGCCGAUUCCGAACGCCCUUCACUCCUGACCUCAGCAACAUCUAGCCCGAUGUCGUCUCCAACAUCCAGUCCUAUAAGUGCCUCUCCACGCAUGAACCGCUUCACCUCCCCGCUCCGCCGAAUUGGCAGCCGAAGCAAGAAAUGCUACUCGACAUCCUCUCUCGGCUUUGGAUCGAUAUUACUUCGCCGCAGUCCGUCCACAGUCGACCUUGCUCUCACAGAAGAGCGUUACAGGUGCAACGAGGACGUGAUAGAACGACGUGGGCUGGGCUUGCUGGAACCUCGUCCAGUGGACCCAAUGCCUAUGAUGAUGGACACGCAUAACGAUUCGAACAACCUAUCGAGCUUCGGUCUCGAUCUAAAGGAGCCGUCUACGCUAUCGCCCAUCUCAACAUCAGCUCGUCAGACCCCAAGGUUCGUCAUGGGGGGGAUUCUCGAGGUCAUGGAGGGCUCGGCAUAA